UCUUCACCCAACACAAAUUAUACGUAUAUAUAUAUGUAUGUUAAUAUAUAAAAAAUUAAUAAAUACAACCAACGACCAAAAGGUUUCUCUCUUUCUCGUCAAGAUCCUUCUUUUUCUUUUUCUGUUAGAGACGUGUUCUCGAUUUCAGCUAAGGUUUUAAAUUCUUUCGUAGAAAAUGAGCUGGUGGUGGGCUGGAGCUAUUGGCGCUGCUAAGAAAAAGUUUGAAGAAGAUGAACAACCCAGAAGCUACCAGAGCGUGGGACUGGUAAUUGGCGUGACGGGGAUAGUAGGCAACAGCCUGGCUGAAAUCCUCCCACUCUCAGACACACCUGGCGGCCCCUGGAAGGUUUAUGGGGUGGGAAGACGCCCACGUCCGAACUGGAAUGCUGACCAUCCAAUUGAAUACAUUCAAUGUGAUGUCUCAGAUCCUGAAGACACCAAUACAAAGCUUUCUGGACUGACUGAUGUUACACACAUAUUCUAUGUCACUUGGGCCAGCCGAGCCACUGAAGCUGAUAACUGUGAAGUCAAUGGUGCCAUGUUUCGCAACGUGCUGCAAGUCCUGAUUCCAAAUGCCCCAAAUCUCAGCCACAUUUGCCUCCAAACUGGGCUCAAACAUUACAUAGGCCCUUUUGAGGCCCAUGGUAACAUUGAGUUCCAUGAACCACCUUUCACAGAGGAUAUGCCCCGUUUGAAAGUUCCCAACUUCUACUACACUCUGGAAGAUGUUCUGUAUGAAGAGGUUGAGAAAAAGGAGAGUUUGUCCUGGUCCGUGCACCGUCCCAGCGUGAUUUUCGGGUUUUCCCCUUACAGCUUGAUGAACUUAAUUGGCACACUUUGUGUGUAUGCGGCUAUAUGCAAGCACGAGGGGCGUCCACUGAGAUUCCCUGGAAGCAAAGCGGCUUGGGAGUGUUACUCAAUGGCUUCAGAUGCAGAUUUGAUUGCAGAGCAACAAAUAUGGGCUGCAGUGGACCCAUAUGCGAAGAAUGAAGCCUUUAACUGUAGCAAUGGGGAUGUGUUCAAGUGGAAGCAUUUCUGGAAAGUUUUAGCCGAGCAGUUUGGGAUUGAAGAAUAUGGAUUCGAGGAGGGUGUGAGUUUUAAGUUGACAGAGUUGAUGAAGGACAAAGGUCCUGUAUGGGAGGAGAUUGUGAAGGAGAAUCAGCUAGAGCCCACCAAGUUAGAAGAGGUGGGUGUUUGGUGGUUUGCUGAUCUCAUGUUGGGGUAUGAAUCUCAGUUGGACAGCAUGAACAAGAGUAAGGAGCAUGGCUUUUUAGGUUUCAGGAAUUCCAGGAACUCUUUUAUCUCUUGGAUUGACAAGAUGAAAGCCUACAAAAUUGUGCCUUGAAAAUGCUGGACUAUCUGAGUUUCGGGUUCCAAUGGUGGCUUUUGGUAUGAAAGUGUUUGUUGUGUAUCUGCUGUUUCAUUGUUGUUGUUGUUCUAAAUUGAUUUCUUUUUGGGAAUAAAGUCUCAAAUGUUAUGUACAAAUACUUGAAAAAAAAAAAGAGAGA